UUUGGAAAUUUGCAGCUCGGAUUAUAAUACCGGCCCUUACUUGACUCUCCUCCCAGAGUUUAGACCAUGGAGGCUACGCAGGUUAUUAACUGGGAGGAUGACGAAGAGGAUGAGGCAGAGGAACCCAGUGAACCGUUGGGGUAUAACUUGGAGCCGCUAGGGCGACUGCGUAUCUUCAGUGGUGUCCAUGGACCAGAAAAAGAUUUCCCACUAUACCUCGGGAAGAACGUGGUGGGCCGGAUGCCUGAUUGCUCUGUGGCCCUGCCCUUUCCAUCCAUCUCCAAACAACAUGCGGUGAUUGAAAUCUUCGCCUGGGACAAGGCACCUGUUCUCCAGGAUUGUGGGAGCCUCAAUGGUACUCAAAUCCUGAGGCCCCCUAAAGUCCUGAGCCCAGGGAUGAGUCAUCGUCUGAGGAACCAGGAGUUGAUUCUCUUUGGUGACUUGCCCUGUCAGUAUUAUCGGCGGGAUGUCUCCCUGCCCUUUGUCUCCCGCGGCCCUCUAACUGUAGAGGAGACACCCAGGGUUCAGGGAGGAACUCAAUCUCGGGGGCUCCUGUUGGCUGAGGACUCCGAAGAGGAAGUAGAUUCUCUUGCUGAAAGGUGUGUGGAGAAAGAACCAAGCACCACAUCCUCCACUUUGGCAACAGUAGUCCCGGAGAGUGAUGAAGAGGGGUCUUCACCUGUUCAGGAUGACCCUGGACCACCCUUUGCCUUCAACUUGGACAGUGACACUGAUGAAGAAGCAAACCAGCCACCAGCAGCAAGGGAGGCCUCCUCAACUACAGAGACAGAACAGCCUAACGCUGAAGGAGGCACAACUGAAGGUCAAUUGGGAAAGGGACAAUAUUCAGUGAAGGACAGGGGGAAUGGCACAGAAGUUGAGGGGGGUACAGGAACUGGGGUGGUUCCAGUUGGGGUGAAAGUGGAGAGGAGCCAACCUGCAGGGGAAGACAGCGACACAGAUGUGGAAGGUGAGAGCACGUCCAACAGAGGAGCAGUGAAGGUGCAUUUAGAAGUGACCGAGCCUCGUGGCCUCAUAGACAGUGAUACAGAUGUGGAAGAAGGCGGGGUCUCCGUGAUCCCAGCUGUAGUUCCUAUGAAGAAGAGGCAGUUCUUCCGUGGAGUUAGUACAGAGAGUCCUGGGGCACGUGUGCAGGAGGACCCCGCUAGUAGUGACACAGAUGUGGAGGAGGGUGACAGCCGGGUGACGGUCCCUUUGGGGAGGAGCCGAGCUUCCGUUGUGAUCGAUAGCAAUACCGAGGACGAGGACGAGGUCUCUGCAGCACUCACUUUGGCAUGUCUGAAAGAGAGUCACGCCACUACCUGGAAACGAAAUCCAGAAGUCGAAGGGCACAGGGCCCAGCCAGGGUUCCUGAAGCAAAGCCAAACCUCCGCUGAGAGAGACAGUGAGACAGACGUGGAGGAAGAGGGGGUCUCAGGGAAAAAGAGAGAAUGUGUCCCUAAGGGUCAUACAGACAGGCCGCACUCAGGAAAGAGCCAGCCACCUCUCGGAGACAAUGAUGUGGAGAUAGAGGAAGAGAACAGCUCGCCUGCGGUCCACCUGGAGGGCAGCCGGGCCUCUGCUACGGUGGCCGUCAACAGCCAAGUGGGGGCGAAGCAUCAGGUGCAUGUGGCAUGGGCAAGUAAAGUAGAUGUGGAAGCAGAAGGGAGCCCAGCCAAGCUGCCUGUGCCGCGUCUAAAUGAGACCCGGCCUCCUCCCACUGCAGACUGUGAAGCAGAGGCAGAAGAGGGCACAUCCUUAGCGUUCUCUGUGGUGGCAGGUGUCAGAAGGCGCCAGCUGCCAGCACAGGGCAUGCCGGAACAGGCUGCAGCCUUCCUGGAGUGGGGGAGGUCGCCUGUGGCACAAGAGAAGCAAAACCUUCCUGGCUCCAAGGAAAACCUAACAGGUCUGGUGGGCACGGGCACCCCAGGGGCACCCACCCAGCCACAGAGAGAGGGAACACAGACCCACACAGGACAGGAGAGCGCACUACAUGUGCCCUGGACCAAGGACGCAGGAGUUAGCCAUGAUGAUUCUGAAGAGCUGGACUUGCAGGCCACACAGUGCUUUGUGAAGAGAGAGAGUCACAGCCUGGAAGCAGUCCAGAGCAUGGAGGAUGAACCCACCCAGGCCUUUGUGUUUAGCCAACCCCAGGAGCCCGGCCCUUCUCACGGCAGCUUCCAGACCCCAGGUGCCUUGGAUGAGCCAUGGGAGGUGUUGGCCACACAGCCGUUCUGUCCAACAGAGUCUGAGGCCUCUGAGACCCAGCCCAUUGCUGCCUACCUUGAGGCCCACGGACCUUGUGACAGUUCACCGCAGGGCCAACAUCCAAAGAGCCCAGUUCACACACAGCCAUUGGGGAUUCAAGGCCACCGGCGUUGCAAGCUGCCACCCACUGAGAAGGCUUCCAGGGGUAAUCAGGAAUCCCCAGAUGUUUGUCUGCCUCCUGCAGUGCCUGAAGCCACAGUGUCACUCCAAAGCCAAAAAUAUCCUGGGCCUCAACCCCUCUUUCCUCCUUCUCCAUCUUCCUUAGAACUGCCCACUCCCAGGAGCAGGCGAAAUGAGAGUCAGGUAGCUCCAGAGACUCCCUUGCCCUCAGAGCCGGAGCCAUACCAUCCAGAGCCCAGAGUAACGCGCCAGGGGUCUUCCAGGAGGACUCCCACUGCAGUUUCUUCUCUUGUCCUUGAACCCCACUUUAUCGCCUCCACAGACCAGCCCAUCAGGUUUGAACCCCCAGCUUGGGUCUCUCAGAUGAGGACUCGUAGAUCUUCUGUAACAACUCAUGAGCCAGUUUCCCCCACAGAACCCCAGCCCCAGCCUCCUGCUUCCAAAGACCAGCCUGCCACACCCAAACUCAAUUCUCAGACCACUCGGGGCAGGAGACAUAUGUCCUCUGUCAAGAUCCCUGAACUGGGUAUCCCCAUAGCCCCCAAACACCAGUCUUCCACCUCCACAGACCAACAUGUCACCCCUGAGCCCACACCUCAGGCCACUCGAGGCAGGACACAUAGGUCCUCCCUAAAGACCCCUGAACCAGGAAUCCCCACAGGCCCUGAGCUCCGGUCUUCCACCCCCACAGACCAGACUGUUACCCUGGAGCCCACAUCUCGGGCCACUCGGAGCAGGACACAUAGGUCCUCUGUCAAGACCCCUGAACCAAGUGUUCCCACAGCCUCUGAGCUACAAGCUUCCACCCCCACAGAUAACCAGCCUGUCACCCCUGAAUCCACAUCUCGUGCCACUCGGGGCAGGGCACACAGUUCCUCUCUGAAGACCCCUGAACCAGGUGUCCCUACAGGCCCUGAGCUCCAGUCUUCCUCCCCCACAGACCAGACCAUUACCCCAGAACCCACAUCUCAAACCAUUAGGGGCAGGGCACAUAGGUCCUCUGUCAAGACCCCUGAACCAGGUGUCUCCACAGACCCUGAGCCCCAACCUUCCACUUCCAAAGACCAACCUGUCACCCCUAACCCCCCAUCUCUGAGCACUCGGAGCAGGACACAUAGGUCCUCUGUCAAGACCCCUGAGCCAGGGGUCCCCACAGCUCCUGAGCUUCAGCCUUCCACCCCCACAGAUGACCCAGUUACCUCUGAACCCACACCUCGGGCCACUGGGAGUAGGACACAUAGGUCCUCUGUUAAGACCCCUGAGCCAUGUGUCUCCAAAGCCCCUGAUCUCCAGCCUUCUACCACCACAGACCAGACUGUUACCCCAGAGCCCACAUCUCGGGCCACUCGGAGCAGGAGACAAAGGUCCUCUCUCAAGACCCCUGAACCAGGUGUGCCCGCAGCUCCUGAGUUCCAGCCUUCCACCCCCACUGACCAGCCUGUCAUCCCAGAGCCCACAUCUCAGAGCUCUCGGAGCAGGGCACACAGGGCCUUUCUGAAGACCCCUGAGCCAGGAGUCCCCACAGGCCCUGAGCUCCAGCCUUCCACCCCCAAGGACCAGACUAUUACCCCAGAGCCCACAUCUCGGGCCACUCGGAGCAGGACACAUAGGUCCUCUGUCAAGACUCCUGAAUCAAUUGUUCCCACAGACCCUGAGCCCCAACCUUCUGCUUCCAAAGACCAGCCUGUCACCCCUGAACCCACAUCCCGGAGCACUCGGGGCAGGGCACAUAGAUCCUCUGUCAAGACCCUUGAGCCAGGUAUCUCCAAAGCCCCUCAUCUCCAGCCUUCCACCACUACAGACCAGCCUAUCACCCCUGAAUCCACAUCUCAUGCCACUCGGGGCAGAGCACAUAGGUCCUCUCUCAAGACCUCUGAACUAGGGGUCCCCACAGGUUCUGAGCUCCAGCCUUCCACCCCCACAGAUCAUCCUGUCACCCCUGAACCCACAUCUCGGGCCACUAAAGGCAAGACACAUAAAUCUGUCAAAACCCCCAAACCAGUUAGUCCCACAACCCCUGAGACUGCUCAGGGAAGAACUCAUAGGCCCUCUGUAAAGAUCCACCAACCUGCUGUACCCACAUCUUCUGAUCUUGAACCUCCUGUCACGACAGACCAGCCCAUCUCUCCCAAGGCCAAGGAUCAGAGUCAGAGCAGGGCACUAAGAUCUACAGUAAAUGCUGCUCCCAUUCCUGAAGUCCAGUCUCCUGUCCCCACAGAGCAGCCUAUUCCCCCUGAAUCCAUCCCUCAACCCAACGGCAGCAGGAAGCCAAGGACCACUAGAAAACAUGGGUCCCUCACAGUUUCCUAUGUCCCUGAACCCUGCCCUGCAACCCCUGAACCUAACUGCCAGUCCUCAAGGAACCAAAGACAGGGCGCUGUGAGAGCCUCUGAAUCCUUUAGGACUACCUCUGAGCCUGCCUCUGCCCAGCCUCCGAAGCCAUGCACACAGGCUCCCCAGAUCGAAAAGGCAGAGGGAGCAGUUAGCUCUGGGCUCACCCUAGAGAACCAUCCCGAGGCCUCUCAAAGCUGCAAGAGGCCUUUAGCUACCACAGACUCUCCCCCACCUCAAAAACGACUCCAAAGAGGGGAAGUCCCGCAGAAGACGUCUUUCUUCAAGGAAGAGAAAGAAGAUGUUGCAGAGAGGCCAGUGAAGGAUGAGCAUGUAGCGAUUCCAGGACCAGUGAAGAGAAAGAGAGACCAAACUGAGGAACCCAAGGAAGUAUCUAGCCGCAGCCUCCGACGGACCAAACCUAACCAAGAGUCCACAGCCCCCAAAGUGCUCUUCACAGGCGUGGUGGACGCGCGUGGUGAGCGGGCGGUGCUGACACUGGGGGGCAGUCUGGCCAGCUCCGUGACAGAGGCUUCCCAUCUGGUGACUGAUCGAAUCCGCCGGACAGUCAAGUUCCUGUGUGCCCUGGGGAGGGGUAUCCCCAUCCUCUCCCUGGAUUGGCUGCACCAGUCCCGCAAGGCCGGUUGCUUCUUGCCCCCGGAUGAAUAUGUAGUGACUGAUCCUGAACAGGAGAAGAACUUUGGCUUCAGUCUGCGGGAAGCCCUGCGCCGGGCUCGGGAACAAAGGCUGCUGGAGGGCUAUGAGAUCCAUGUCACCCCAGGAGUCCAGCCCCCCCCAUCUCAGAUGGGAGAGAUAAUCAGCUGCUGUGGAGGCACUGUCCUACCCAGCAUGCCCCGGUUCUACAAGCCUCGGCGAGUUGUGAUCACAUGCUCCCAGGACUUCCCUCGCUGCACCGUGCCCUGUCGCGUAGGGCUGCCGGUCGUCUCACCCGAGUUCCUGCUGACUGGAGUGCUGAGACAAGAAGCCACGCCGGGGAACUUCGUCCUCUCCGCUUCGGAAGUGUCAUCCGCCUGAAGACCUCCUCCAAGCCCGUUGCCCUCCCAGACCAGUAAAUAAAGUAUCAGAAAAUACUGGAAGAAAUAACUUAGGGCUUUAGGAAGGACUGGGGUAUACUGAUCUUACUUGCAUUGGAAUACGAAUGGGAUCAAAAGGUUUAUGGGUGAACAAAGAUAAGGAAAUUAGGAGCCACAGAUUUUGAUUAAUGGCCAUUUAACAUUAACAUGAGCCCCAGGCUCAUGUUAUAUAUGACUCUCAUCGCUGAACUCGUGCUAAAGCUUGGUGGCACACACAGGAGCCUGCCUCCCGUUUGAAAACCAUUUUUCUUCCUUGUUUCUUCUUACUCAUCUGAAACAUCAUAGGGAUGAUUUUAGUAUCGGGAACUUGAAGAGAUGUUUGGGGUGAGUAGACUUGAGGAUGGCCUUACAGAAUGCUACUAAAAUAUUUCCCUCUCUCCUGGUUCUGUCUUAUGAGAGCCUUGACUUUGAGCAAGUCUGUACUUUAAUGGCUGCCUUUUCCAAUAUUUAUAAAAUAAUUAGAGCUUAUGUUUAGCUUCUGUGAUAAAGUUUCACUCUGUGCCUUA